GAGGUAGCAUUGGUACGCGGUGGAUCGCUAGCGUCUCGCUUUUCCGGCUAGAAGUUUGUUUUUUUCCUCGAUAUAAGUGAAAUGUACUACUCAUUGAAUGAAAUUCGAGUCGUCUAGAAUACAAAUUACAAUUCCUUCAAGGACUCGAUCCGCCUGAAGUUCAAAAUUGCUGUGUCGCUUGAUAUUCAUUGAGACAAACGCGUACGUGGAUGUGAGUGUAGCUUUGUUCCAUUCCUGCCAAUGUAAAAAUUGACUUCUCUCGAGAGUCUCUGAAGUGAGGUUCAGUGCGGAGAAAAAUUUCAUGGAAAAAUCGUGACUCAGUGCUUCUCUUAUCAUCGCAGGAAUGUGAAACCUUCAUGUUGACGGAGAGAUUUCUGUGAAUUGCUCACAGAACAAAUACGACUAUCAAAAGGAUAUUACACCUAAACUCACCAUAUAAAACUGUCUCUGGUGAAUUGUGACUAAGAAAGAGCCUAGGAUUAACAGAUACGAGGAGAGAGUACAGCGAAAGAGAAAUGCAAUUGUGAUUUUGUGGUUGUUUUUUCACUGUGCAUAUCAAAGAUUUCCGUAUAUUCAUGAUUUUUUAUAAGAACGUGACAAAAAAAAUGUGAAUAACGUGAUAUGUGAAGAAAAAGCGAAUACCAGUGAAAAAGUGAAGGAUUCGAACUAAUAACAGCUUGGAAAUGGAAUCGAAAACUGAUAAUCGGUCAUUUUCGUUUAUCAGAGGAUCAGAUCCUCGGGUGGCGACGUGCAGAGGGAAAUUGCAGAGUCGACGAUGUAAACUCAACCAGGAGAUUAAUAAGGAGCUUCGUUUGAGGGCUGGUGCUGAAAACCUUUAUAAGGCGACUAGUAAUAGAAAGCUGAAGGAUACAGUGGCGCUGGAGUUGAGCUUCGUGAAUUCCAAUCUUCAAUUGCUCAAGGAGCAACUAUCAGAGCUGAAUUCGUCUGUGGAAAUAUACCAAAAUGAUGGUGCGGACGCUGUAAUUCCUAUGAUUCCACUGGGCCUGAAAGAGACGAAGGAGGUGAAUUUUUUGGAACCCUUGGCGGAUUUCAUCCUUGAACACUACAGCGAGGAUUCCUCAUGCUACGAGGACGCAAUUGCAGACAUCACAGACACACGACAGGGCGCCAGAACACCCACACGAGAUUCCGCAGGCGUGGCUCUGUUGUUCCGUUACUACAAUCUUCUUUACUACGUGGAAAGGCGCUUUUUUCCGCCUGAUCGCAGCUUAGGUGUUUACUUCGAGUGGUACGAUUCAUUAACAGGUGUUCCUUCUUGUCAGCGAACUGUAGCGUUUGAAAAGGCGUGUGUUCUUUUCAAUCUCGGAGCCAUAUACACACAAAUUGGAACACGUCAAGAUCGCAGCUCAGAGAAGGGCUUGGAUGCGGCUGUUGAUUCAUUCUUGCGAGCUGCAGGCAUUUUCAAGCACAUCUACGAUACAUUCACCAACGCGCCAUCGAUGGACUUAAAGCCUCAAGUCCUAGAAAUACUAGUCGCACUGAUGCUCGCCCAAGCUAGGGAGUGUUUAUUUGAGAAGCUGCGCCUUCAAAUGGAGAACAUGUCAUUCAAAGACGUUGAACAUCUUCAUCGCGAUUUAUCUGGAGAAUCAGCGCAGCUGACCAUGGAGUACAACGAUAUGCACAUGAGCAUUCAAUCGAGCGAGACACACACUUAUCUACCGGAAUGCUGGGCCGGUCUAGUGCCUCUCAAAGCGGAAUACUAUAAGGCCUUAUCCCACUAUCACGCCGCGAAAAGCAUCAGUACAAAACCAUUCAAGAAGUCCGCCUCAAUCUCACCAUCCUCAUCGGCGUCGUCGAAGAAGUCGGUGAAAGCCAGUGAUUCCUUCAUAUUCGACGAGUCCUCGAUAGACGCUGAUAUAAAUCCAGUUGCAAGGAAGAGAGCACAUCUCAAUGAGGCACUGGCUAGUCACGAUGAGGCACAGAGAUUGCAACGCAUGUGCAGAGAGUUGAAGAACAAGAGUGCUCUCACGAAGAUCCUUCAUCGUGCAUACAUUGAGAAUAGGGAUGAAAUGGAUAAAUUCAGCUCGAAGACGGAUCAAGAUGAUGUGCUCAAUGAGGAGUUCGAUCUUGUCGAGGCGCACUUGGACACCUGCUCAAAAUUCACCUUAUCGCUCACCGGACCAGAUUUCACGGCGUACAAAGUUGAGGAUCCUUUCAAGAAAUUGGGCCCAAUUGCCAUAUUCUCUGCGAGGCGACACUGGACCGCACCGCGAAGUAUACGAUUGCAGAAAGGCACCAGUCUUGAGGGUGUGAAAACACCGAGUUCAAGGAAGACUUCCACCAGCAAUGCUGGCAGGUGCCAGUGCAAGAAGAGCCCAACGUAUGACUCUGGACGCUGUGAGGUCUGUGCCAAGUACAUCGCAUUUACAGCUGAAGAUUCCUCCAGCAAGAAUCAGUCCUCUAAAGACAACGUGGAGAGUUUCGGAUUCCACGUUCGAGGAGACGCUCCAGUUAUAAUUUCCUACGUGGAAUUAAAUUCAUUGGCUGAUCUUGGUGGAAUCAAGGAUGGAGACUUUAUUGUUGAGUUAUCUGGCAUUGAUGUCAAGUGGUACACUCAAGAGCAAGUUGUUAACAUUAUCCAGUCGUCUGGUUCCAGUCUUGAUAUCAAAGUCAUCACACCAAUGGAUCGAAAUUACUUAAAGCCCACACCGGGUUUGAAUAAGGGAUCCGUGUCUACUCUGUCUGGUGGCAGUUCAUCGGGUGUCUCAUCGGGAGCGCCGAGUCCAAAUGGAACAACAUCCAAGCCGAAAUCCCGCAGCAAGUCUACAAAAAGUCGCCUGCCCAACUUGAGUGGCAACGGCUGGAAUAUCUUCAGGCGGACACAGAGCCUCGGCAAAAUAUACUAAUAUUUGUUUCUUACUAUCCUAUCACAACAAACAUUCUAAAGAGUCGUAAGAACUCAAGAAAUAUUGUAUUAAGAACAUUUAAGAGUAACCUUUAUGUAAAUAAUAUGAAAGUGCAUACAUAUAAUCAAAACUAGAAGAAUUAUUACAAA